AAACAUGAUGUGAACCUGGUAUCAAAACAGCGAAAUUGCAGGAUCAGAAUAUUUGGUGGGGCAAAAAAGGAUACCAGGAGGGCGACGAUGUCUGGCCUUGGAUGCUGCAACACCAACGACAGGGGUGGCAAUGGCAAGAGCCACUGCUCCGGUGGCAAGGCCAUGCUGCUCGCGCUGGGCAAGGGCCUCCCUGAGCAAGUUCUUCCCCAGGAGAAGGUUGUCGAGACCUACCUCCAGGACUCCAGCUGUGAUGACCCUGCAACAAGGGCAAAGCUCGAAAGACUUUGCAAGACCACCACAGUGAGGACAAGGUACACUGUCAUGUCAAAGGAGCUCCUAGAUGAGCACCCAGAGCUCAAGACCGAGGGAACUCCAACAUUGACACCACGCCUGGACAUCUGCAAUGCUGCAGUGCUUGAACUGGGUGCUACUGCAGCCCGCGCUGCCCUUGGUGAAUGGGGGCGUCCAGCAGCUGACAUUACCCACCUUGUCUACAUCUCAUCCAGUGAGCUUCGCCUCCCUGGGGGUGACCUUUUCCUGGCAGCUCGCCUUGGCCUCCAUCCAAACACCAUUCGCACUUCCCUUCUCUUCCUUGGCUGCUCCGGUGGUGCUGCCGCUCUCCGCACAGCCAAGGACAUUGCUGAGAACAACCCAGGGAGCCGUGUCCUUGUAAUAGCUGCGGAGACAACAGUGUUAGGCUUCCGACCACCAAGUCCUGAUCGCCCUUAUGACCUUGUUGGUGCUGCCCUGUUUGGUGAUGGCGCCUCAGCUGUGAUCAUUGGGGCAGGCCCCAUCACUGCUGAGGAGAAUCCCUUCUUGGAGCUUCAGUUCUCAAGACAGGAGUUCCUACCAGGGACUGAGAAAGUGAUUGAUGGCAAGAUCUCUGAGGAAGGGAUUAAUUUCAAAUUGGGCCGUGAUUUGCCUGAAAAGAUUGAAAGUCGUAUAGAAGGGUUCUGCAGGACACUCAUGGAUCGGGUUGGGAUAAAAGAGUUCAAUGAUGUAUUUUGGGCUGUGCAUCCUGGUGGCCCAGCAAUACUGAACAGGCUAGAGCUAUGCCUUGAACUCCAGACAGAGAAACUCAAGAUCAGUAGAAAGGCCCUGAUGAACUAUGGUAAUGUGAGCAGCAACACCGUCUUCUAUGUUUUGGAGUAUUUGAGGGAUGAGUUGAAGAAAGGGGUGAUAAGGGAAGAAUGGGGCUUGAUCUUGGCUUUUGGCCCAGGCAUCACAUUUGAAGGAAUGCUAGUUAGAGGAGUUAACAGGGACUGAAAAGGGUCCAAGAAGACUUUCAGCUAGAUGGAAGAAUCACAAACAAGCUUUACAUGGCAAACAUAACAUUUCUGGAUUAAUCAUAUAGUAUGAACUUUAGAAAUCUCAUAAGCAUAGAUGUCUUGACAGCAUCUGUGCACUACAUAAUUAUUGUUUUACUAUAAUCUAUGUUUUAUGUAUCAAACAAUGUGAGGUACUAAAGUUUGAAUGCAAGAUAUGCAAUACAUUGCAUCCUGUUCCAUUGUCAUGUAUAGUAAUUUACAGGAACAUAUAU